AACAACUCUCUCAAUUUGUCCGAGUGCAUUGUGCACAUCCAAAUCCAGGUCCAAGAUAUAGACCUAACAAUUGAUAUAAUUUUUUAUUAGAAUUUCGUCAGAGUCACUCCUCACUUUGAUUGCCAAUGCCAAUGAUCUUCUUCAGCUCAAAUACCAUUCAAUUUCUUCUCCAACCUCCCCGAUUCCUGAUAAAAUCAAUCGAACUCCAACAACUAUGAAGGCCAUAGUGAUAACCACUCCAGGAGGUCCCGAUGUUCUUCAACUACAAGAAGUCGAAUGCCCAGAAAUUCGAGACGACCAAGUUCUGAUCCGAGUCGAAGCCACAGCAGUCAAUAGAGCUGACACUAUUCAGCGCCAAGGCUCGCACCCACCACCAAAAGGUGAGAGUCCGUACCCGGGUCUAGAAUGUUCUGGAACCAUCGAAGCCGUCGGGGGAAACGUCACUCGCUGGAAAAUUGGUGAUCAGGUAUGUGCUCUUCUUAGUGGUGGAGGAUAUGCUGAGAAAGUGGCUGUUCCAGCAAAUCAAGUUCUUCCAGUUCCAUCUGGUGUCUCUCUUAAAGAUGCUGCCAGUUUCCCUGAAGUGGCAUGCACUGUUUGGUCGACUGUCUUUAUGAUGAGCCGGCUAUCUGCAGGAGAAACAUUUCUGAUUCAUGGGGGCUCUAGUGGAAUUGGUACAUUUGCAAUACAGAUAGCCAAAUACCAAGGAGCCAAAGUGUUUGUCACAGCAGGAAGCAAUGAAAAAUUAGCUGCUUGCAAGGAUCUUGGAGCCGAUGUAUGCAUCAACUACAAGACUGAAGAUUUCGUUGCACGUGUGAAGGAAGAGACACAAGGGAAAGGUGUUGAUGUUAUACUGGAUAAUAUGGGAGGAGCCUACUUUCAGCGAAACAUUGACAGCCUAAAUGUUGAUGGGAGACUUUUUAUUAUUGGGUUUAUGGGUGGAGCAGUAACAGAAGUAAAUCUUGUUGGUUUGAUUACGAGGCGCCUCACAGUGCAAGCGGCUGGCUUGCGAAACAGAAGUCCAGAAAACAAAGCAGUGAUUGUGCGGGAAGUGGAGAAGAACGUUUGGCCGGCAAUCAUGGCUGGGAAGGUGAAACCGGUUGUUUAUAAGUAUCUUCCAUUGUCGGAAGCAGCGGAUGCUCACCAGCUUGUGGAAAGUAGCAAGCAUAUUGGGAAAAUACUACUUGUUCCAUGAUGAUGAUGAUGAUGAUGAUACCUUGGAUUCUUCUGAUUAAAAUGGAUAUGAUUCUGUAUCUCAUCAUUAGCUUUCUGUAAUAGGAUGAUGAAUUGUGUUGUUUGUUUAAAUUUGACAUUUGCUAAUCUUGGUUUACAUUGUUCCACUUUGGAGAACAAAAGGCUGCCUGUUAUCAAGAUUUUUGUGUUUAUGCCGUUUCAA